CACUCACUUUUACCUGACGGGCUCUGAACUUUUAUUCUUCCCAGUGUGAGAAAGUGCUGCUUUGUUUGCUGUAGCCUGCAAAAAUAAUUAUUUUCUUACUCUGUUUGUGUGAGAGCCUAACUCAGCAUGGCUUACACACACAAAUCUCUAUGAACUGAUGUGUCCGUGCCACGCCUGCGAAAUGAAGGCGGAGACUUGUGGCGACAAACCUCCGCGUCAAAGCGGAAUGACGUUUUCCUUUUGCGUCACAACCGCUGAGACGCAAAAAGGUAAGCUUUCAGCCGAGCUCGUUCGUCUGUCAGGCCACUGAGGAGAACGAGGCCUGUGAGAGGAGCCCGCUGACGACGGCCUUGGUCCCCAGCAGUAGGUUUGUGUGUUCCACUUUUUAGAAAAAAUGGCUGAUACAUCAAUGGAAAUGUUUUCAAAUGUUCUGGAGUCUCAAAUGCUUCAGACAACCAAGAUUGUAGAAGAACAAGUUGAUGCAGAGCUGCAAAAACUGGACCAGAUGGAUGAAGAUGAGCUGGAACUCUUAAAACAAAGAAGACUUGAAACAUUAAAGAAAGCCCAGCAACAGAAACAGGAAUGGCUUUCAAAAGGACAUGGGGAAUACAGAGAGAUCCCCAGUGAGAGAGAUUUUUUCCAAGAAGUGAAGGAGAGUAAAAAUGUGGUCUGCCACUUCUAUAGAGAUACAACUUUCAGAUGCAUAAUAUUAGAUAAGCAUUUAGCAGCAUUGGCAAAAAAGCACAUUGAGACCAAGUUCAUCAAGUUAAAUGCUGAAAAAUCUCCAUUUCUGUGUGAGAAACUUCACAUCAAAGUAAUCCCCACACUAGCACUUGUAAAAGAUGGGAAAACACAGGAUUACAUAGUUGGUUUUACUGAUCUUGGUAACACAGAUGACUUCGCCACAGAGACUUUGGAGUGGAGAUUAGGCUGUGCAAACAUAAUCAACUACAGUGGCAACUUGAUGGAACCACCCUUCCAGAACCAAAAGAAGUUUGGAACCAGUUUCACAAAGCUGGAUAAGAAAACGAUCAGAGGAAAGAAAUAUGAUUCAGAUUCUGAUGAUGACUAGAUGUCAUGAUGAUAUUUGUAAAUCAUCUUUUCUUUUAAGCUUGAUACAUUUCUAUGAAUGUUUUUAUAAAACUCUUUGUUUUCAGUACAUUUGCACAUAAUGCUCAUUUUCUAAACAGUUCUAUAUAACUCAUAAGAAGAAAUCUUAAAUAUUUUUUCCUCUGCAAAUGUCAAUUUUAGCCUGAAAAAUCUGAGCCCAUUUGAACUAAGUUACCUAAGAAAUGAAUUUCAGCAUUUAAAUUACUUUUAAAAUAGUUCUUCAGACUGUGUUUGUACUUUAUACCAUUUCCCACUGGAAUAUUGAUAAGGACGUGUGGCAAGAAUUGUUCAGCUUGUAUGAUGAUGCUACAAAUCUGACAUUGCCUAACUUUACUACAUUGCAUAUUAUUAAACCAUCUUAUAGUACAAUCCUGUCCAUGGUUACUCAGAAGUAAGUUCCAUUGUAUUCAGUGAGGCCUUUAUUCCCAAGCAAAUGUGCUUAGGAUUUGAGCCUUAGCCUCUCUUUUUAGCCUACUUUCUAGUUGGCUUAUGAGAUCACUCUGCAUUGUGUCUGUCCCUGUCCCUGUCCCUCCCCAUCAACUUCACAAUGCCUGAGCCAAUAUGAACCAUACUGGGUACAGUUGUAGGGACACAAUGACACCUCAACAGUGUAGUUUGUGAUGAUGUAAUCCACCCCAAUUCAAGAUGGCAGAGGUAUAAACAUUUGAGGUGCAAGUGGGCUAACCUGUGAACCGCCUAACCGAUUUGAAUCAAAUUAGGUACAGUUGUACUGAGUGACAUAGUUUGUGGUGUUUUCAUCCACCCCAGUUCAAAAUGGCGGACACAUAAACAUUUGAGGCUCAAGUGAGCUAACUUGUGAACCGUCUAACUGAUUUGAAUCAAAUUUGCUACAACUGUAGGGACACAUAUGGAUGCCCUAGUGGUGUAGUUUGUGAUGAUAGGAACAUAGGAAGCUUCUGCUCUUCCCAUAGCGGCUCCAUCCCCUGAAGGGAAUAUCUUACAGUGCUCACACUUCUAGUCUCCCAUUCAUAUUCAGCCAGGGCAGACCCUGCUUAGCUAAGGGAACAAGUCAUGCUUGCUACCACAAGACCAGCUCUCCUGUCUAAGAUGGUGGAUGUGUGAACUAUUGGGGUACAAGUACACUAACUUGGGGAUUGUUCAACCAAUUUGAACAAAAUUUGGUACAGUUGUAGUGAGUGACAGUCAGGGACACUUCAGUGAUGUAGUUUGUAAUGAUGUCAUCCUCCCCUCAUCCAAGAUGGUGGACAUGUGCACAUUUGAGGUGCAAGAGGUCUAAUUUGUGGACCUCAAUUUGACCCACAUUUAGUCCAGUUGUAAGGAUAAUGAAAGGAAAGUAGGCAGAUUAGUUCUUAUUAGAACAACUUGUUAUAAUAAUCAGGGCUGCAAUUCUAUAUGCACUUAUCUGUGAGUAAGCUCUAUUGAAUACAGUGGCAGGUAUUUCUGAGUAAAAAUGCUCUGAAGUUUACCAACUAUGUACACUGCAUGUUAAAGCUGAAUCAACAGGUAAAGAGCAUAUGGCAACACUUAUACUGAAUACCUUGCUUACAGGAUGAUUUAAUAUAAUUCUUUGUUUCAGAGAACAAGCUCAUUUAAAAAAAAAAGCCCAGGGGAAAUAUUCUCUUGAUCAUAAUAUGAAUGCAAUUUAAUAGAUUUUUGCACUGCUGUUCUGCACGGAGUGCCUCUGUAUUACAAUACACUACACAGGAGUGCCUGUCCGUUAUGGGUGGAGAGGUAAAACAGCAUUCUGUCAAGUUAUUUCACUUGACACACACACACACCCCACCCUUUUGUGGCUUCUCAGCUUUCUGAUUGUAUUAUUUGUGCUAAAAGGGGCAUUGUUACAUUCAGAAUUGUUUCCUCCACAACUAUUUCAUUUAUUUUAAUCGAAUCCAUGUAAUGGCUAAGUUUUAAGGAGUAUAAGCUGAAAAGCAGACAUGAAACAUCAAGACCACAGUUGAGUGUCUCCCCCAUCCCAGCCUCUGUCCCCAUCUUUAUAAUGGGAUUUUUUGGCUCCAAAUAGGGAAGCACAGAUUGAUUGAAUUGCUUCGCAAAAGUUCUCUUUAGAUGAUCAGUCUUCCAUACAACACUCUUCCAUGGAUUAGUUGAAAUAAAUAGGUUUUGAAUUUCUGCAAAUUAAGAACAAAGAGGGCCCCAUAAUGUCAGAUUUAGACAUGAUGCUCAGAUCAGUUGGAGUGUUUGUGAGGAGAAAAGGGGAGAGGGAGAGUAAAGAGCUUCUACCUUGGUUGUUGCCCUGGAACAAGGGGCUUCUGCCAUGGCUGGCUGGGGAAAUGCUUCCACCCUCCCAAAGAAGGAGAAAUGUCUUCAAAGUGUAACCAUUACAGUUGAAUAGUUUAACUCUUGUCUCUGAGGUAAAUAGAACAGGUCUUGCUUCAUCUCUGGCUGCUUCCGUUUUGUCCAUUUUACCUCAGCACGGGUAGGCCUCUGUGCUCCUGUACAACUUUUAGCACCUUCCAACCUUGUUCCUCAUAAGGGGGAAGGGCUGCUGAGUUCCUUGUAAAGGCCAGAACAUUUAACAGUCGCAUGACAGGCAGAGACUUAACAGGUGCAACUUUGACUAAUGUGUGACAGUUCAAGCAGUUUACAUUCUGCCUGUGUUUCAGUUUGACAGCUAGAGCUGAAGUGAGUAAUGGUUCUGCUCCUGGUAGCCAUUGCCACCACCAGCCCUGCUCUGGCUGUCAUUUCCAUUCUAGCUGCUGGCUGCAGCAGCAGCACUCCAGCCACCAUUGCUGCUUCCGGCCGUGCUCUGGACACCAUUACUUCCACUGGGCCCACUUUAGCCACUUUGUGCACCAGUAAGAAGUAGAAUGACCUCUUUCCUCAGUGGAACAGGAAAAAAAAUGCGAAGAGGCAAUGCUCAUUUAUUUAACACAGGCCCCCUCUGAUGUGUUCAUGCCAAUAUGGCACCUGAUUUUAAGAAGCAAGGGAACUAAAGCAAAAAACCUUUGGAUUAUAGGAUAGUUAUGGGUGUGACAACCCCAACUGAGCUCUAAAAAGUGAGGAGAUUUUAUGACCCAUGAUGGUCAUGUCAUGGGGGCGUGAGACUUGAGGUCAUCUGAGAUACCGCACUGGCUUACAAAAUCAUAACCAUGGAAACACAAUUUGGCUUGGUCCUCCAUACUUCACUCUACUCCCUGCAUAGGCUGUGUAGCUAACAACACUCAACAUAUGCUCAGAUGUUAAUGUCACAGUAAUUCAAACUUUUCUGUUGCCAUUGGCCUAUACGGGUAGCAGAUGGGAACAUGGAGGACUAGCCAAAUUGUGUUUCCAUGGUUAUGAUUUUGCAUGCUAAUGAGCAAUACAAUAUCUCAGACUGAACAUCAGGUCUCAUGCCCCCAUGGUUUGAACAUUAUGGCCAAUUGAAUCUCAUUGUUUUUAGAGCUACCCCUCCCAUAAUUAUCCUAUAAACAAAAGGGUUUUUGCUUUAAUUGAACUGGCAUAUUUUCCAGAAGAAUUCCUACCAUCUUGGAAUAUCUAAGACCCCUUGGGGAUCUAACAGUCUAGCUGUUAGGUGGAUGAGCUUUUUUGUGCUUAUAAAUGUCUGUGCUGGCAAACGUUUAAAUGCUUUGGGGGUAAAUGGGCCUGUAUGGUUCUUACAGAUACCGUUGAUCAAGCAAAUUGGAGAUAACUCACUUAUUGAGGCAAACCUUCCCAGAAAAAUUGAAACAGCAAUCCAGUCAAACCAAUUGAGCAUACCUAUGACUCUUCUCCUAGAGUUACUCCUGCUCUAUCAGAGGCUGGAAGAAUUGAGCCAAUAUGACAGAAGUGGUGCUGGGUAGAUUAUUACAUCCAUCUAGCUCUCUCCUGGGAUGUCCCCCUCCUCCCUCCCCUUUUCUUUUUAAGGAAGGUGAGGAAACUGCCCAAAUGGGGAUGACUGAGCUAAUAAAUAUCUGCCAGUCACAGCCUGCCUUUUGCUUAGUAGCAUACAUAGCUGUGCUCUACCUUACCUGCCAGAUUGGUCAAUGAUGGUGAGCAAGAUGGACUGAGGUAGAUGAUUUAAUGGCCUGACUUGCUUCAUAUGUUCAAAUGUUUCUGUCAGAAGGAAGCAGUAGGCAGACUACUUCUAGGUGGUAUAAAUAGGAAGGGGGUUAAGAGAUUUUGAAGGGUAGUGGGGUUGGAGGAUUGGGUAAUGCAGUGCGGGGGAGUACUUAAAAGAUGUUCUGAGGGCUCAAAGAGGGGAGUUGUGUUUUAGGCUAUGUGUGAGUCCAGAAGUAAGCAUAGUUGAUAGGUGCAGUCUUUGUGUGCCAUCAGAUUAAUAGGGUAGCAACUGCCAUAGGAGGUGCAAAACCCAUCUGGCUAUGGCACAAUAGGUCAGCAAUAUUUUUCUCCUUUAUGUUCAUGUAAAUUGAAAUACAAUAAUGUUAAUUCUAA